UCAUAAUACCUUUUAGGAUAUCUGCACCUUCGCUUCUCCCACGGCUUUUCGAAAAAGGCGUACCUACGUUCCUCAUCCCUUUCACUUCUCCUCGGCUCCUUGCAACUAUAUUUCCACCAAGAUCGAACAUCUCCUUCGAUCUCUUUCUCUGAUCCAAGCUUUAGGCUUCUCUUCUCUCUUUUCUUAUCUAAAUGGAGAACGCCAAAGAAUCUAACCAUGGCGACAAACCUAACGAAGAAAACCCUAACCCUAACUCCGAGUCCGAACCGGAACCCGAAUCCAACCCCUCAUCUCGACUGCCUUCCCGCGCGCCCUUCACCAGCCUCAGCCAAGUUGAUGCCGAUCUAGCCCUCGCCCGUACACUUCAAGAACAGGAAAGGGCGUACAUGAUGCUUAGAAUGAAUGGCGGUGAUGGAAGCGAUUAUGGAAGUUCUGAUAGUGGUAGUUAUGUUUAUGAAGAUGAAGCUGGUGAUGAUCCGAAUGAUGAUGGGAAUAACGCUGGGAGCAUUGAUGAUGGUGAAGAUGCAUUCGAUGUGCAUGGACGGGCCCCGAGUGAGGAUGAAUUGGGUGUGGAGAUCGACCCGUCAUCAUUUGAUAGUGAUGAGGCAUAUGCGAGGGCCCUUCAGGAUGCAGAGGAGCGAGAAGCUGCUGUUCGCUUGAUGGCCCUUGCCGGCAUCAAUGAUUGGGAAGCGGAUGAUCCGGAGGACCAUGGUAGUAACUCUCAGGAUACAUGGCAGGAGGUUGAUCCCGACGAGUUGUCAUAUGAGGAAUUGCUUGCAUUGGGCGAAGUCGUUGGGACUGAGAGCAGGGGGCUUUCCGCAGAUACAAUUGCAUCUUUGCCUUCAGUUAAUUAUAAAGCACAAAGUUCACAGGAUGGAAGCACCGAUCAGUGUGUCAUUUGCCGGUUGGACUACGAGGAUGGUGAUCCGCUGAUUGUGCUUUCAUGCAAACAUUCAUACCAUUCAGAGUGCAUAAAUAAUUGGCUUCAAAUAAACAAGGUAUGUCCUGUUUGCAGUGCGGAGGUUUCCACUUCAGAAAGCAGCCAGGGAUGACACGAUGGACAGGCCUUUUUCUAUAGUGGUAGAUAUGACUGCCCUGCUAUCUUGUGCUUUCUUUCUUGCUCUGCGUUAAAUUGGAUUGAUAUACUGGGGCCCAUUUAUUUGCAAUAUGUAUUUAUAUACAUAUAUACCUCUCGAACUUUUCUUUUACACUUCCCUCAUUAAAGUUCUUGAGCUCCAGCAAAAUUUAUUUGGAAAACAGCUUCCAGUAAGGGUGGCAAUGGGCUGGGUAGCCUGCCUGCUUGACCUAUUAAGCUCAGCCUGGGGGCCGGGGCUUGGGCCUCUCAUGUAUAUGCCAAUCAAUUUCAGGCCGGGCUUUAGAUGAAGCCAUUUAGAUCUGACCUUGUAUGUACGUGUGUUAUUUUCUACUAAUCUGUAGGCAACCAUCUAUCCUGUGGACUGUUGGUUUCAGCCCUCAAAGAUGUUUAUUUUU